AUGACCCUCGCCGGGACAAAGCCUGCGCCUCCAAACAAGACGGCUUCGUCUGCUAUCCAUGUUGAGCAAAACCUGCCACAACAUGUCGCAGACACAGAGAAGCCAUGGCAAGCUAUCGCCAAGUAUCCCAAAGUCUUGCUUUAUGCUGUGCUCAUCAACAUCGGCCCUCUUCUGUUUGGUUACGACAUGGUCAUCAUCGGUGCUGUCUCAUCACUAAGACAGUUCAAGAUGGACUUUGGUGAACCUCAUGGCGAGAAGUGGGUUAUCCCAGCUCUUUGGAUUGCGCUCUGGAACAGCUUCCUUCAACUCGGUGCUGGAUCUGGUGCUUUUUCUGCGGGAGUAUGCCAGGACCGUCUUGGUAGACGGGCCACAGUACUCUUGGGAGGUCUGCUUGGUUGUGUUGGCGCGGCUGUAUCAUUCACCUCUUGCAUGCCCGCAACAAUGUUGAACCGCCGCAUUUCGUUCAUGAUGGCCAAGUUUGUGCUGGGUGCCUCCUGUGGUCUUCUCAUGUCAGCUUGUCAGACGUGGAUUUCCGAGACAACUCCUAAACAUCUUCGUGGAUUCUUUCUUAGUUUCUAUGGCUUCAACGUGUCCUUUGGUCAUUUGAUCGCCAUUGCUGUUGUAUUUGGUGGAUCUAACGGCGCCGGUCGCGACUCCUACCAGAUCCCAUUUGCUACUCAAUGGGCCUUUGGCGGCUGGGCCAUGGUUGUCGCCUUAGUCCUCCCAGAAAGUCCCGUCUGGCUCGCUUCCCGAGAUCAGAUUGACAAAGCGCAGCGUUCUCUCGAAAGACUCGGCGCGUCCGAUAUGCUCCCACAGAUCAUGCGGACUCUUGAGGAAGAGCGUAGCCAGAAUGUCUUGAACGAAGGCGCCCCUACUUACCGCGAGUGCUUCCGCGACACAAACCGCCGCCGCACCUUUCUUGCCAUGUUUCUCACGAGUAUUCAACAGGCCAUUGGCAUGUCCCUUAUCGCCAAUGCUGCUUACUUUCUCACAAUGGCUGGCAUGCCAUCACGCUACUCUCUCAUGGUUAACCUGAUUGGUAUCUCAUCGACUAUGGUCGCCGGCAUUAUUUCAUGGUACACGAUUCCUCGUUAUGGACGCAGGAGGAUGAUCCUCAUCAGCCACUUCGCCGACAAUGCGGCUUGGCUGGCUAUGGGUAUUGCCGGUUGUUUCUCGACCGAGGCUGCAAAAUGGAUGGUUGGCGUAGGUCUCGUCCUAGUCGGCUUCUUUAACAGCUUCGGAGUCGCCACCGCUGUACCUGUGCUGCAGUCCGAAGUUUCAUCGGUUCGCCUUCGUUCGAAGACGUCAGGUAUCGCUUUUACCUGUCAGUCUCUUAGCAUGUGGGCUUUCAACUUCUUUACUCCGUACAUGUACAACACAGAUCAGCUGAACUGGGGAGGCAAGAUUGGAUUCUUCUUCUUUGGCCUAGGCUCCAUCUCCUUUGUCGUGUCAUAUUUUGCCAUCCCCGAAACCAAGGGAAGGACCUUUUCGGAGAUUGACUACCUGUUUGAGACUGGUGUCAAGCACCGCAUGUUCCAUAAGACAGUCAUUGGUGGUGGUGAGGAGAUGGACGAGGAUGAUGGUGGCAAGUCCAAGGCAUUUUAG